GCGGCCAAGGGCCAAGCUGCCCUCUGGUAGUUCUAGAUCUGAAUCUGAGAUCCAAUCGGGCUAACAAUCUGAUACUGGAGCCAUGAGAAUUCUUGAGUGAGAGCUCUGUCCACCGCCAGUCAAGUCGAGAGGCAGCGCACCACCGCCACUGCUGCCGACGCGGUGAUCAACUCCGGCAAAGGUGCAGGAGCCGGUGACCACGCGACACGCCUUGCCGCCGCUGCAGAGGCUGCACGAGGAGAUGGAGCGGGAGCCGGAGCCAGCUGGAGGAUCGCGUAGCCCGGCCGGGCACCACUGCCAGUCGCCAUCACCAGAUCGGUGUCAUGGUCGGCGCGGCCGCUCCCUGGUGCUACAGACGGUCUACCGCGACUUCAGAGCGGCAACGCCGUGGUCGAUGCUCACCAAGUCGAACUACCACGAGUGAAGCCUGCUAAUCAAGGUCAAGUUGCAAGCUCGUCGGCUGUGGGAGGCGGUUCAUGUCGGCGGUGUCGACUUUGAUGACGAUCGCCAGGCGCUAGAGGCAUUGUGUGCCGCGUACCAACCAAGCUCACGGAGGAGAUGGGCACGCAACGGCAACACCGACCUCAUGGAGGAGAGCAGUGGAGAAAUUCCUCUGUUGCGUGCCAAAGAGGUGCACAGAUCGUCAAUUCGAUCGAGACGCUCCUCGACUUCGAGCAACUCACCGUCAAGGACGUCACCAGAUGGCUCAAGGCGGUGGAAGACCGCAAGCAGGCACCGGACCCUAAGCAAGGCGCCGUCGAAGGCAAGCUGCUAUACACGAUGGAGCGGCUCCCAUGUAGCAUCACCAGAAAGUAGGGCCAUCCGGAGCCUCCUGGAGGGCCUCCUUGGCACCGUCGUUGUCCACAACCGCCUCAGCGGGGAAAUCAUCAGCUUCGAGGAAGAAAAGCCGCUGGCAAUGAUGGCCGCGUACGUACGGCUCAUCGCAGUUGAAGCACAGCCCCUGACGACGACGCUCAAGCAUCUCGGUCAGUUUCAAGCGGUGAAACGGCUGCUGGGGUGCCAGCGCCGGAGCUUGCGGCAGGGCACGCAGCGUAGGCAUGGCUGCGGCCAGGUCAGGAGCACACGCCUAUGCAUCCGGUGCAGGUAGUGCCAAUGGCAGGCGCUGAGGAGGCCAAGCGGCUUGCUGGACAUGGCGGCGAGAUAGGACUGGAUCCCAGCCAAAGAGGUUUGCGUCCCAGCGAAGGCAUUGCUGACGAUCACCGCAAUCAUCUAUUCCAGCGUGAACACCGAGGACGAGGAAACUGCCGGCACAGUGGUGGAAGGAAGAGAACCUGACAU